AUGGCCAAACGGGAGGCCGGCUUGAAUGUCGCCGAUUUUCGCCGCAGGCAGCGGCCCUUGCUGGCCUUGAUUGUCGGUUCUGCAGCAGCUGUGUUGGCACCUGCUUGGGUUGCUCCGAGCUUGCGCAGCCUAGGAGUUUCUCAAGGUCCAGAGCACCAUUUGGCUGCGGCUCCAAAAGAAGUCCAGGAUGGAAGGCCGCCAUCACUGGCGUCACGCCGGUCCUGGGGCCUUCUGGUUUUCGGGGCCGCGUGGGGUGCAGGUUUGGCUUCAGCUCAAGCCCUUGUGAAGGGGAGCACUCCUCCAAAAGGCUAUGGUCUGGGCAAGGGCAUCAAGGAGGCCGCCGACUGCAAGUCCUUGGCGGAAUGCGAGGAGCUGGGCGCGAAGCGCGAAGAGGAGAAGUUCGGAACGAAGAUGGAGAAGACUUUCAAAGUCACAGCCAGUGGAGCCCGAUACAAGGACAUGAAGGUGGGCAACGAAGCCGACGGUGUGGCGAAGGUCGGCGAUGACCUGAAGCUGAGGUAUCGGGUUAUGCGUGCUGGCAAGCGUUCCUACGACGGCGUGUCUGGUGAGGCCACGACACUGUUUUCUCUGGGUUAUGGAGAAAGUGAUGACGAAAAGAAGGACGCGACUCUGAAAGCACCGCUGGGAACGGGCAGGUUCGUUAAGGCCAUUGAUGAAGGCUUGGUUGGCAUGUCUGUGGGCGGCAUUCGACGAGUCCAGGUCCGGCCUGACUAUGGACUCGGCUGGAAGAAGCCUGGGAAGUGUGCCGAAGCAAUUGGAGCAGUUGGUGCCAUCGCCGGCCUGCCCGCGGCUGGAGCGGAGAAGGAGUCUGCAUGCCUGGACACGUCGCUUCUGCCCCAGCCCGAGGACUGGAAUGCCAAGCGUCGCUUUGAGCGACGUUUCGACGAGUCCCUGAUCGUGGAGAUGGAGCUCGUUGGACUCGGCAAGUGA